AAUCUCCAUAUUCUGCAUUAUCAUCUCCCCGUUCCGCGCAAACACUGUGUUUGUCGCUAACCGCAAAUCAUAACGACUUCUUUUGUUUACAUUUUUAUACGAAUUUAUAAGUAAAUAAAAUUAUAAUGGAACCUGUUGAAGAAAGUGUAGCAGAACCCGUCGAAAAAAUUCUAGAACAAGCCACCAACAAAAUUACAGAAGAUCCGGUCGAAGAAAUUUCGGAAGAAUCCAUCAAAGAAGUUUUGAAAGAACGUGUCAAAAAGGAAAAGCCGAUCGACGAUGUGACAAUACAGUUCAUUCGCAAUGAAUUACGAAGAGUACAUUUUCACAGGAGAAAGACGUAUCGGGAUAGAAGCGUUAACGAAUUUCGUACAGCCCUCGGAAAACAACUCUGUGACGUUGAGUACACAACAGAAUUUGUCAAAACUGAAGCGAUACAACUUAGAAAAAAAACUCUCGAUGCUCAAGCUUAUAGUGCACUUCAAAUGGCUUUAAUACAAAGUGAAAACCAUAUCGAUGCAUUUUUCAAAGUUGCCAAUGCAGUUCUAGCAUUAGGUAGAGAUCUUUCAGGUAGCUCGACACAGGCAAAGUUGGCAGCUGCAAAUUGCUGUUGUAAUUUAUCUUUGGGAAAUUCAAAAGCAUGCGCUGCACUCACUGAAUUUGUUGGACCAUAUCUCAUAGCUGAAUUAGAAAGUGCAAAUGAGCCUUUAGUUGAAGUAUGUGCCUGGACAAUUGGAAAUUUGGCUUGCAGAAGUUCAAAAGCAUUAAAAAUUUUACAUGCUCAAGCUUGCAUAAAAUCAUUAAUUGUAGUUGCAGAAAAAAGCUCUGAUGAGCUUCUCCCAGCAUUAAGUUAUGCAUUAUUGCGAUAUAUUUAUACAGGAUACCAUAUGAUAGAACAAACAGACAUCAUACAAGUUGGGGAAAUACUGGCUGCAAAAUACCCAAAAAUCUCUGACCAUGAUACAUUGUGGUUGCUGGCAUUACUAUCAUCUAAAGAUAUAAAAAAAUAUGAUUUUUUGAUAAAGUGUACUCCUGCCCUUUGCGAUUUCCUAAUUACAAAUUCCGAAGAUGAAAUUGAAAAUAUUGACAAGUUUACAGCUUCCCUAAGGAUUUUAACUAAUCUUGUAACAGAACCAACUGGAGAAGUGGCAAGUCAUUUAUUUCAAAAUGAGUUCUAUGUAAACAGUAAUUUUUUCGAAGACUUAUUAGCUAAUGAAUAUCCUCAUAUUAAAACUGAAACAUUAUGGCUUAUAGGUAAUUUGUACAAUCACCCAGGAGACGGAGGUCGGAGAUCACGAGAGGUGGGUCUCGGGCAGUGUCGUUUGUCACGUUUGAACUUGCGCUAA